GGACUUUCUAGACAAAGGUGAACAAUGCAGAACAAAUCACAGGGUGCCAAUGCGAAGGAAAGUCGAAGUUGUCCGUAUUUAGAUACUGUGGAUCGGAAAGUGCUGGACUUUGAUUUAGAAAAGGAAUGCUCGGUAACACUUAGUCACAAAAACGUAUAUGUGUGUUUGGUCUGUGGAGUCUAUUUGCAAGGGAGAGCCGAAAAUACGCCAGUAUACUUCCAUUCGAUGCAAGAAGACCACCAUGUAUUUCUGAAUACCGAAACCAAAAAGUUCUAUUGCCUUCCCGACAACUAUGAGAUCGUGGACCACUCUCUGGAAGAUAUUAAGAUGGCAUUGGAUCCAGAGUUCACUCCAGAAUCGAUAAAGAAGCUGGAUAGCAACACGAUGCAUUAUCGUGUUCCUACAGGAGAUGAAUAUCUGCCCGGUGAAAUGGGAAUGAACGUAGUUGAUAAUGCCGACUACGUAAACGUGGUUGUGCAAGCCCUUUCCCAUGUCACCCCAAUCCGUGACUUUUUCUUGAUUCCUGCGAACUAUUCGUACACAUCCAACCCAUUAGUGCAUUCUUUCGGUGUACUGAUCCGCAAACUCUGGUCACACACUCGAUUCAAGUGCAAUGUGACUCCCUACGAAUUUUUGAACGAAGUCACGCGCAGCAGCAACGAGAAGUUCACCGUGAAGGAGCGUCGCGAUGCAUCGGAAUUUCUCUGCUGGCUCCUGAAUUCGCUUCAUACGGCGCUGAAAGACAAAGAGCACAAGACCACCGUGAUCGAUCGCUGCUUCAAAGGCCGCAUUGAAGUCACUCGCAGAACCUACAAAUUAGUGGGGAUUUCUGGAUUCCAAAAAUCUAGUCGAAUUCCAGUAAGCGCGUGGAAGUGGCCGCCAACGACGGCGGCGUGCACAUCGACGUUUCCCCGUCCGCGGAUCAGCCAAAUUUUGGCGGGGAACGAAGCCAAGGUGGAAACCGCGGUGAAGCAACAGGACUACUGGAUGCUGUCGCUGGACCUGCCCCCGAUUCCGCUGUUUCGGAACAGUAACAACGACAGCGUGGUGAACAAAUUGCCGCUCUAUUCGCUCCUCAAGAAGUUCGACGGCGAGACGCCCACCAAAGAGAUCUGGGAGAACGCGGAGAAGACCUACCGGAUCGUGAAGCUGCCGCGGUAUUUGAUCUUCGCGAUCCACCGAUUCCAGAAAAACGAGUUUUUUUUCGAGAAAAACACGUCGAUCGUGCAGUUCCCCAUUCGAAACAUGGAGAUGCGACACUUCUUCUUCCCGCCGCGGCGCGCUGCCACGGUCGAGUUCGAUUUGGUGGCGAACAUUUGUCAUGACGUGGAUUUAGAAGAAGAUCGGGAGAAGAAGAAGAGAAACCCGCUGUUGGAGAACCCGGUGACCAAGGGGUCGUAUCGAAUCCACAUGAAAAACAAUGCGGAUGAUGAAUGGUACGAGAUCCAGGAAUUGGUCGUGAAACCCACACGAGCGGAGUUGGUUAUGUUGUCGGAGAGUAGUAUUCUUGUGUUCGAAAGGAAAGAUUGA